UCAGCACUAUUCUACGUCUCGUAAUGGGAAAUAAAAAGUUGAAUUUCUCUGGUUUCAAAGCGAGUUUUUCUGAGGUAAAAGCAAAAAAAUGCUUGAGUAGGUUUUCAGCAUGAGUUCUAAAAGGGGGCAUUUCAAGGACAGAAUUCUGGAGGGAAUUGCGAAGGCGAUAAAGGAGGUUCAGUCAUUUAGUUAUGGAUUGGACGGUGAAGUUCUUAAAGUCACUAAUGAUGACAGACCUUUACAGAAGUUGGUUGAAAGACUAGAUCACGCAUUCCUUCAUGGGUUGAAGAAUGUAACAUGUGGAUAUUGGGGUGUGACCAAGCUGUUUGCGCAUCGAGGUAUCAUCAAUGAAAUCACUCAUCUGGAUCGACUCACCACAGAUCUAGGAAGAAGUCGGGCGUGGCUUUACAAGUCUUUGAAUGAAACGGCUAUGGAAAGCUACCUAAGAUGCUUCCUGGAGAAUCCAAUCACAAUGCGCAAGUAUUACGUUGAGAAUGGAAUGCUUAGGGACAAGCAGAGACUAAUUAUUCUACAGACAUUAAUCUCUGGUCUCGACUUUGUGACCUUUGACCUUGAACUGAAUAUUGCCUAUUUUGACUUGGUCAGCUAUAUCCCUCGUUCAGCCUCUAUAUCUGAGCAUGAGGACAACACCCCAACCAAUGACAACGUACCUACAACCCCAAGCACACCAGCAACAAAUCCUGAUAAUGAUGGUAACUCAUCUAUCGCCAGCUCCGAUGCCUUCUCUCCAAUGGAUGAAUCGCCUCAAGCUGGUAGCAAGAUUCCUGAUUUACUUCUUAAAGACAAGAUGAAAAGGAUUGAGAAGCGACACUCGCUACCACAACACUACUCUGAGAUUGAUUUUUCCGAUUUAUCAUUAGCCGGGACUACAGACCAGAAGGAUGGUAGAGAUGGAGGGGUGUACCAGAGGUCUUACAGCGUUGGCAAGAUUGGAGAAAGCAAGCCUGUUAGACCAGCAUCUCUUGGAGUAGCUUCUCGUUAUGAAGUUAAGUUUCUCGGUGAGGAUUCAUCACCGAGAGGGUCGAUUAAGUCUCUGGAGGAUGACCAACGAGAUGGAGAUCUUGAGGUGAUUCGAGUGAAGACGAAGAAAGUCAAGAAAGGUCAGAAGAAGAAGAAAAAGACUGAUAGAUCGUCACUUGACGGGGACAGCCAGUCAAUAACAUCAAGCACGGCGUGUGAUGAGAAUGAGACAGAUAGCCAAGAUCAACUACUCACCAUGAGUUGCUCCGUUUCUUCUUUUCAGAGCUCUGAUGGAACGCUUCUUAACCAACCCUCAAAUCCCGAAGAGAUAAAUGCGGACAGCUCCACCAAGAAUAUCAUACAAAAUACAGUAAUGGAGAACACAGAGUGCUUAUCAAAUCUCAAGCAUACUCCAGGUAGUGAUGAGAAAACUGAAAGGUUACAGAAGAUGGACGAUCAAGAAGAAUUUCAACGACAUCUUACCGAAGAAAACCUAACAGAAGAAAGCCAAAUAAGCUUUGAUUUGCAACCUACUUGUGACAGUAAUAUUAACGACUCUGCCAAUCUUGCCACGGAUUUAUCUAAAAUUGAACUUCCCCAAAUCAUACAUCAACGUUUGACAUCUAAAAGUAGUCUUGACUUCGAUGAGACUGUACAAUUAACUCUCAGUUCACCAAAACCAAUCAAGGUUUUCCGUAAUCCAUCUAAACUUUUAGAAGCUCCACAACCAACGGAAUCCAUAGAAGAGGAACAUUCCAAUCUGAAUCAGUCUGAUGUUCUGGACGUUUCUUUGUCGCAGUCUGUACUAUCAGAUGAAGUGCCAAGUUUUGCCAGCUUGUUCUCCAAGACAACAUCUCAAACUCCGUGGGUUUCCGACGAUCACCCUCGAUCUUCAGCAGAGUCCUCAAUGCUCUCUGACAUUUCUGCAAAUCAUAGCGAGGAAGGAUCGAUUGAGACAAGCGGCUGCAAGGAGAGAGAAAUGAGAACGUCGUCGGACACCAGUUCCUUCAAGGAGGAGUAUAGCGAUGAGCAAUCUGAGGAUGUAACCAAGGGAACAGUGACCAAGGCGAUCUCAAUGGAAGCCGACUUUCAUGAAGCGGAGAUAAUAGUUGAUAACAACGUUAAGCUGUAUUUGAUGCUAGAGAUCUUCAAGAAUGAACAUGAACAGCUUAAGAAGCUAAUACGUAUGAGUACGGGUCACACGGAAGCAGACCUACAGCCAGCAUUCAUCUUACUGACUGAUUACACAUUAUACAUACUAAGGCGAGGGGAGAAACAAGGGCACUUUUCAACUCAGCACAGACUACCAUAUACAACUCUGGACUACAUCUCGGUGGGUCUGCAUUACCAGACUAUUCAGAUUGUAUGCACCAAUAGAAGGAGACAAUAUUGGCUAACCACGGGAGAUGAGUCACUAACAAGGUUUUUUCUGUCAUCUCUGAGACGUGUCAUGGAUGAUACGAAGCGAUCUACAGAACCAAUAAGUAUCUUGACUGAUGCUACAGCUCAGCUUAUUACUCUCAAGAAAUGGGCCGCGCAGGAAUGUAAAACAGAGAUCCAUGACAUCAAAUUGCAUCUCUACUCCCUCAUCCACUGGGAAGACCUCGCUGACCUCUCAAUGACCCCUGACCUCCAGCUGUAUGAACCCCAGGUCAGUCGGAAGGGUUCACUGAAGUACAAGGUAGUCGGUAGCUUCUUGGUGGGGCGUAGCCAUUGGAAGAGUGGAUGGUUCGUCUUACGAAAUGAGAUGUUUUGUAGAUACAGUCAAAAGGAGGAUAGACAACCAGAUCUAAGUAUACAACUAAGGGCACCACACUUUGGAGGCUGCAGGCGAGUGCGUAACGGAGACCGCCCUCAUAGUUUUGAGUUGAUACUAUCAGACGGAGCAUCACUAGAACUGUCAUGUGACACAGAGGAGGAGGUUUCUGAUUGGCUACAAACGAUUUGUCAGGUGGUUGCGCAAGGGCAAAUAGCAGCAACGACACCCACACACGCUCCAUCACCCUGCCAGCCGUGCUGUGUUGUUACUACAUCUCAUAAACUGUUGAUCUGCCAUGAAGAUUGCCAGACUAAUUUCUAUCGUCUCUUGGCCAGUGUGGAUGUACAUGAUGUGACUCAACUAACAACGGAUCAUGAGGAUGGAGCUUAUAUCAUUGUGGAGUUCUUAUCCGAGCACCCUCAGAAUCCUUGGGUGUUUUAUUUCAAUAGCGUCAACGAGAAAGUGAAGUUUGUAACAUCUUUAACCGCUGUAUGGAAGCAGAUCAUGCAGGUUGAUCUACCCAUCAUCCCAAUCUCUGACAGCCGAGUACAAAAGAGAUGUCAGGAGUGCUCCGCUCUCAUCCAAUCGUCAUGGCAACGCAGUGACAGCCUGAUGAGAGGUCGUGUCGGAGGUAACAUCUGGUAAGGUCAUUCCCUAAGGUCAAUCUUUAAUUAUGUAUAUGUGUAUAUUGUAUGCCUGCUUAGCUCUUUCGUAAGUAAAGGUCAUGUCAGAUAUAUUUAGUAAUCACAGGUCAUAUUAGAGGUCAUGAAGUGUUGGAUUACUGGUCCUCAGAGUAAAGGUUAUAUCAGAGGUCGCGCUUAAGCUUAAAAUACAACGCCCGUAAAGUAAAUAAACUGUCUCCUAGUUGGUUAUGACGUGACAGAGAAAGAAAAAAAAAAGUAAGUGCAUCAAGGACUGCCUAAAGAGCUUUCAGGUGAAAUAGCAUCAGAUCAACAAAAUGAAAAUGUAGCUUUUGGUAGUUUAGACAUAACAUGUACAAAAACAAAUGUAUCAGAAAAAGUACAUACAGCAAAGCAUAUAUCAAGUUUCAUAUCACUGUGGUUCCAUAUAGAUUAAAGGCAGUGGACACUAUUUGUAAUUACUCAAAAUAAUUAUCAUCAUAAAACCUUUCUUGAUUACGAG